AUGACAUUUAAAACAGGGUUCUUGUUUUACUGCCUCCUUAAAGCGGUCUGCUAUCCCCCUUUCCACAGGUUGUGGUGCCGGGACUGCUCCAAGGUUUCUUCGGAGGACUGCGCAGACCAGGGCCACGCCUUGUGCUCCCUACGCAAGCUGCGCACGGAGCAGGCGGCGCCCAAGCUGCAGCAGCUCGAAAGCGCCGUGGCGUCUGCUUUGAAGGUGGUGCAGGCUUUGGAGAAGGCUAAGGGCUCGGCUGAGGCCCAGCUGACUGAGUGGCGGGCCCGGCUGAACGAGGCCAUGGAGGCCCAAAACGAGCUGCGGGCUGCGGCUAACGCGGGCCGCGACGUGUCUGCAGCACUGCCGCAGGGCCUCGAGAAGUGCCAACAGGCAGCCAACCUACUGGAGGCUGAGUUCCAGCUGCAGAUGAAUCUUGAAGAGAAAACUGGCAAAGCUUGGAACGGUAACCUGCAGCGGCGGGACGGCGGGGGUCUGCUGGCCCCGCUUUUGCUGCACCUGCACCAGCACGGUGGCAUCGACCUGAACUUGCGGAGGAAGCCGGACGCCGUUGUAGAACGAGCUACCUUUAGUCGUGAUGAAAUUCUGGAUGUUUCGAAGUUCACUGAGAAUGAUGAGGUGCAUAGCCGGGAACUGGAGGAAGUUCUGCAGGACCCCAACCUUGACAAGGUGAGAAAGCUGGUUGGGGUUGAUUGUAAGAAGAGGCCCAACUGGUGUAAAGUGCUGCUGCAGCGUGUGUCCCCGCGCGUUGAGUGGCUGGAAGUUUCCGGUGCCCUCCAUUUCCACCUCAACGUGAUAGGGCGGAUGCCCUCACUGCGUCAUCUGCGCAUUCAUCUCAGGGACAGUAAAAUUGCAGCUUCGGAUCUCCCGCUGCAGCUGGACGAAGUAAUGGUCAAAAACGUUGCGAACCAAUACUUCCAGUCCAUAACGCGCAUGCCCAACCUGAGGAAGCUCUCGCUGAGCUGGAAGAGUACGCCCCAUGUCGUGGAGUUUCCCCCUCUACCCGAGGGCCACCACGGACUGUCGUGGCUACGCAUGCGCCUGGAGCCGUUAUCUACAGUGCUCUCUCUUAUCAAAACCCACGCCGCAACCCUCCAGGAGGUACGAAUCCUGGCGGCGUCCGAGGGGGAGUCGAAAUGGUAUGUCAAGGACUUGGCCCACAGGCUGCGGAAGUGUGAGCUGGCGGCCCUGCGGCGCAUCGUGUUGCUGAGGGAGUAUGCGCGAGACUUCCCCAGCAUCAAGAUCGACCACUCAGAGGAGUCGUGCCGAAAGCAGAAGAACACCAUCUGGGACGGCCUGCUGGCGACGGACGCGAAAAGGACAGUCAGAGUGGUGGAAGUUCUUUGCGAAGUGUGUGACAAGUGUCCCGCCUUCCCCGUCCUUGGUGAUUUCACCUGGCAAGAUGUUUAAGUUACUGUCAAGGUGCAGGUUUUUAACCAUGCAUUCUCAGCGGACUUACUGUUACGUGAUCUGUAACCUCUACAUUUAAAACAUUUACUUGAAAAUUGUACUCUCAACCUCUGUUUUGUUUGCGUCAUUAUUGUACUUCGUUAGAAAGUAAACUUUGGCUCAGUGAGAAACGUAUGUACUUUCCCACCUUCACUUUUACCCGCACCUUGCAUCUUCAGGGUUUGUUCCACU